AUGGAUGAGCAUGGUUAUAUCAAAAUUGUCGGCCGUACCAAAGAGAUGAUCAUAAGGGGUGGCGAAAAUAUAUACCCCCGCGAGGUUGAAGAGUUGUUACACACUCACCCCGAUAUAUUAGACGCAUACGUGUGCGGAAUACCCGACGAACGUAUGGGCGAAGAGGUGUGCGCUUGGAUUCAACUGAAAGACCCGACGGGUAAACCGCUUACCGUCGAUGAUGUGCGCGAGUAUUGCAAACAGAGAAUCACUUAUUUCAAAGUACCCAAAUACAUAUUAUUUGUGGACAGUUUCCCGUUAACACCGGCGGGAAAAGUGAAAAAGUUUGUGAUGAAAGAGGAGUCGUGUCGUAUACUUGGCCUAACUGUCAAAUAA